AUGUCUCAUCAUCGUGAGAGCGCGUUGGAGCUGCGAGUCGGCAAGAAGUUUCGCCUGGGCCGCAAAAUCGGCAGCGGUUCAUUUGGAGACAUUUAUCUUGGCACCAAUAUGACCUCUGGCGAAGAGGUUGGCAUAAAGCUAGAGUCUGUCAAGAGUAAACAUCCUCAGCUACUCUACGAGUCGAAAAUCUACAAGAUACUUUCCGGCGGAUUGGGUGUCCCAAGCUUGCGAUGGUUUGGUGUCGAGGGAGAAUACAACGUAAUGGUGAUUGAUUUAUUAGGUCCGUCGCUUGAAGACCUUUUCAACUAUUGUGGUCGCCGUUUCCAGCUCAAGACCGUGCUAAUGAUUGCGGAUCAAUUGCUGUGUCGCCUCGAGUAUUGUCACGCAAAGAAUUUUAUUCAUCGAGAUGUCAAGCCCGACAACUUUCUGAUAGGUUUGGGGAAACGUGCUCAGAUUGUCCACAUCAUUGAUUUUGGUCUUGCUAAAAAGUAUCGCGACCCUCGGACGCACCAGCAUAUUCCUUACCGUGAAAAUAAGAAUCUUACGGGCACGGCUCGUUACGCCUCUAUUAAUACUCACGUGGGAAUUGAGCAAAGUCGUCGUGAUGACUUGGAGUCACUUGGCUACGUUUACAUGUAUUUCAUCCGCGGCAGUUUGCCCUGGCAAGGUCUUAAGGCAAAUACGAAGAAGCAGAAAUACGAGAAAAUCAUGGAAAAGAAAAUGAAUACACCCAUUGAGGUGCUCUGCAAGGGCUACCCGGCAGAAUUUCGUGCCUAUUUCGAGUACUGCCGCGCCUUGCGCUUUGAUGACAAACCCGAUUACGCUUAUCUGAAGCGUUUAUUCAAGGAGCUAUUCUUUCGCAAAGGCUUUCAAUUUGACGCAAUGUUUGACUGGACGGUUUUGAAUCUGCGCAGUGGUCGUCGAGAGCGUGGCACUAGUGGGGAGGCAGAGCGCAGCGCUCGUGCUGACUCACGCCAGGAAGUCGCUCGUGCGGAUUCGCGCCAAGAUGCUUCUCGUGAUGGCCGUCAAGUCACGCCGCAGGGUCGUCCUUACGUUCGUGACGAGGCAAAGGAGGGUGAAGCACAACAACUGGCGCAGCAGUCACACCGUUCGGCUGGUUAUCGUGAUGAUCGACAGGCGGCUAUGGAUCAAGGAUUUCCUGCUCCGCGUGUGACCGCGGGUGCUAGCCGCGAAGCUCUGAGUGAAGCCAAGCCGAUGAGUCGACAACGCUACUAA